UAUUAUAUUCAACAUUUUAGAAACCUUUUCUCUCUGAACCCGAUCAUCUGUUAUAGCUAUAGCUAACAUUAGUAAACAAAAAGUGUCUCCGAGCCGAUCCCUUACAUCACAACAUACCUAACUACUGUCGCUAGCUUUAUACAUGUCCUGCACAACCCUCACAUACUUCUCUGCCACUCCUGACUUUCUCAUAUAGUAGCACAGUCUUUGUCUGGCUUUCUAUAAUUUUCUUUCACUAAAUACACAAAGACGUAGUGCAAAUCCUUAGUUCUCUGAAUGUAUUUAUUUUUUACUUUUUUUCUGGGUACCGGUAGGUGAAAUCUGCCCAACACUUCUUCCUCCCUUGUGUGUAUACGUGUGUUUGGGAGAGAGAAAGAGAGUGAGAGUGUGAGAAAGAAAACAUUGUAAGCGUGUCUGUCCAAGAGUCUUUACCAUGGCAAUGUUGCCAUAGUGAAUUUGAAACAGAAACUGUUUGGAUUCUAAAUGCACAUGCUGAGGUCCGCAGAGCAAACACAUUAAGGAUCAGCAUCUCUGUAAUGCCAACUUCUGAUUCUUGGGUUGGGACAUGGAGACCACACAAGCCAAGAGGUCCCAUUUCGGCCCAGUUUCUUAGCCCAGGACCUAAGUAUGCACUGCCUGGACUCACAGGUGCUUGGAAGCAUGACCUGACUAAAUACAAAGCACCAGAGUACAGUUUUGGGAUACGCCAUGAGCAGUCCAGUUCUGAUUGCUCUCCUGGACCUAAGUACCUCAUUCCCUCAAAUGUCACUCGACUAGGCACAGAUGGUAGUCCGACUUUCGUAUGCUCUAGUCGUACAAGUGGAUCUAGACUUUACCAGACUCCUGGACCAGGACCAGCUGCAUACGCUCUGCCUCCUGUGCUGGGGCCCAAAACAGCUCCCAGCUUCUCCCUGGCUGGAUUCACCAAGCACGGAGGCUUCUUAGAAGACCUGAAGAUGACUCCAAGCCCUGCUGCCUAUAAAGUUGUGGACCCUGAUGUUUACAAACAUAAACUUCCUCAAUACAGCAUUGUGGGCCGUAACUUUACUCCUGACAGUGCUAUAAAGACACCAGGACCUGGGUCACACUAUCCUGAGCGGGUGACUGCUACCAGAGCAAAAACUCCAAGUUUCUCUUUUGGAAUCCGCCAUUCCCUUUACAGUGCAAGCCUUUUUAUUUAAUGUACAGUAAAAAGCAAAGCAAAAAACUUGCUGUUUCAAAUAAAGGUAAACAAAUUGUUUUGCUUUUUACAUGCUUUAAUGAAACAUUUAAGCACAACAGACACUGG